GGCCCAAUGAUGCCGCGUCAAUGACUCUAUACACAUAUUACUAAAAUCGGUCAACUUGAUCCUGGUAUAGCUCGAUGUGGUUGACUUCCUCUUCCUGUCAUUCGCAAUGUCCUAUCGGAACUACAGUCAGGUGUCCAGAUGCUUGUUCCUAAACAGAUGAAACAUGAUCUCUUCUGACAAAUGGUGUCACUAUCCCAAUUUAUACCGAAAAAUAAAUUUUGGUACACGUGAUGGCACAAUUAUCACGACAUUAACUUUGCCUGGCGAAAGUAAUCCUCGGGAAGGCAUUACGAGCGAAUGAUCCUGAUGUUUUCGUUUGAACGACGAGGCAGGACCACCAUGCUCGCCGGGUGUCGUAACAAUAUAUCCCUAUGGAUCUAUCUCCCUGGGAUCGUUGUGGAAGAUCGAUUAUUAUAUCCUCCUGAAGGAACCUGGACGCGUGUGCUGGUACACCAGCUUCUCGGCAUCCCCAACUGUCCCGCUAAACCUGACAAAGACACAACUAGACAAAGAAAGAAGAAGCGUCAUUGGAGAAGCGGGUGCGACUUAGGACGUUGUAGUGGGGUUGUCACUGGACGAUAGGUAGUCAAGUUUGACUUGUCAGUCAGUCAAGGGGUGCGAAUGAGCACUACUCUUCAGCUUGGAAGAAAUAAUGGGAGGUUUUCAUUCUAGUGAUGUGCCAAAAGUUAGAGAUUUAAAUUCAUAUCCAGUUUAUUUAUUUAUUGUUAACUAGAUUUUAUUUUAAUAUUUUAUUUAUUGUUUAUUUGUUAGUAGAGCUGUGAUAAAAUGUGGCUUACAAAAACGUUAGUUAUACCCGAGGAUACAAGGAAGAAAUGUUGAAAUUUAAAUUCCAGAGUGCACGUGGAAAACGCAUGGGUUUCCAGCGGAUGAAACAACUCGCGGGUUUCCCGCGAAGCCCUUGACACACUGGUACUUUUCCGAUAGCUAUUUAAAGAUCCAUGUGCUGAUAUUUAUUGAAUUUAUGUUCAACAAUUUAUUGUUGAGUGAAAAAACUCUUAUUAUUUUGAUUUAUAUUUAUAUUUUUAUUAAAAUGUGUGUAAUUUUAGUGAGAUAUUCAUUGACUGCAUCGUAAUUUUCAACUUUUAAUUAGCGAUAUCAAAUAAUACUCGAAAAUUAGUGAAGAUUUCACUAAUAAUUUAAGUGCAAGCGCUAUUAAAUCAGUGAAGAUUGAAGUCAUUUGUCACUGACAACCGAGUAGAAACAACUGCAGAGUAUGUUGAGAAACAAUGUCUGGCUCAAUAGCGGCGUUAUUUAUAAAAUAAAAAAUCAAAACGCCCGGGACCGGCGGAUUGGAGUAAGAGUUAAAGUUGGAGUUGGAGUUGCCGUUGCCAGGACGACGAGGGCUGGACCACUUUAUCCAGAGAGGGAGGCUGAAUAUCUACAAUAUAUAUAUAGAUAUAUAAUAUAGAGUUGAUACGGGAAGCAAGGGGGUGGUUUCCGGGGUAACAAACGCUCCAGAAAUUAGCCGAGAUGGAGUUUCUGCAAAACCACCAUACAGCCAACAGCUCGGAGCCGAGUUAUACCCUCGGCACAGCUCUGGGACUGUACUCUUCAGGACCGGUCGGGAUCGAGGCAAGCAUCCCUUGUGGCCCUUGUGGGCCUAGUGGACUUUGUGGAAAUUCUCUGGGAGUUCUUGGGAGUGAAGACACUUUGAAUGAACACGAGCAGCAUGAAGAUGCCGCCAUUGCUCUAGGUAGUCUCCAGGAGCUGCAGGCCAGCCCUAACGACGACAUCAACGAGCAGCAUAUUCAGAACCAAGGACAGGGCCAAGUUGUCGGGGAAUUUGGGGCCAGUUUUUGGGUCGACGACAUGGCGGGAUUCCCUUUGCCGCCUUUGGAUCUAGAUCCUUUACCUCCUGGGCUUUUUAGUCCUUGUUCGGCGACUUAUAACUGGGGAUGCACGAGAUCAGAUUGCGUACCCAGGCCAGGGAAUCCCAACGGCGAGGGUGUAGCUGACGUUCUUCUCUCUCUAAAACACGCUGUUGUGCAUCCUGGGAGCCCGACAAGCGGAUACUACAGCCCGUCGAAUGCAAACCACCACUAUUCUCAAGACUAUGGCCAAAACUUGGCGCCUCCACCUGUUCCUCCGAGUCACUACGCGACUGGACCUGCAAUGUCGGUCAAUGUUUCGAUGAACAUGACGAUGAACAUGAACAUGCAUCCUGGCUACGAGCAGAAUUAUGCAUCCGCGUGGGGCGUGGAGCCUCUGCUGAGUCCCGCCCCUCAAUACAACCCCGUGCCUGAGCCCCAGUCGAGGGUGAAUCAAGUCCCGACCAAUGGAAUCAUCGGAUCACACACCCCGCAUUCUCACCCCCAUGCGAGACUGCAACCACCGAACGAGCACGCGCUCUGUGUCGCUUCCGGAGCUGUGUCUAAUUCCAGCGAUGACAAUGGCAGGCCGAAUUUAUGUAGAAUUUGUGGUAAAACUUAUGCACGCCCGAGCACUUUGAAGACUCAUUUGAGGACUCAUUCUGGUGAAAAACCAUUUAGAUGUCACGCUUGUUCGAAAGCAUUCAGCCAAGCAGCAAAUUUAACAGCCCAUGCAAGAACACACUCUGGAGAGAAACCAUUUAGAUGUCCAGUGUGUGACAGAAGAUUUUCACAAAGUAGCUCAGUUACGACGCACAUGAGAACUCAUUCUGGAGAACGUCCUUAUCGGUGUCGAUUUUGUAAGAAAGCCUUCUCGGAUAGCUCGACGUUGACGAAGCAUCUGAGAAUUCAUUCGGGAGAGAAGCCGUAUCAGUGUAAAUUGUGCUUACUACGGUUCAGCCAAAGUGGAAAUCUCAAUAGGCACAUGAGGGUCCACGGUGGCACUCUAACGUGACAUACCACAGGCUGGUCGUUAUUUGUACAGUAGUCGGAUCCCCACAGUCAUCCGAUUAGGAUCGAAUUUACAACGAAAUAAAUAAAGAAUUCUCGCCAACGAAACGAUAAAUAAAAUAAAAUAUUGAUCUCAAUGUUGCAUUGUUGCUUCAGCUGCACUAAUAACUCAAGAAAAAAGACUCUUGGUUUUAUAAAAGUGAUCUAGUAUAAAUUAUAAAAAUAUAAAUAUAAAUACUUAUUGUUAUAACUAACGACAUGCUUAUUUAUAAAAAAAAAAAUUAUUAAAUUAAUAAACUAAUUAUUAAUAAAAAAAUAAAAUAAAAAAGGGGGGUAAUGUAACGCUGGUCGAAGUAGAGGGUCAGAAAAAGGGAACGGUCUCGGGUGCAGAAGCCCGCAACAUUCACCACAGCACCGUUGAUUAUUGUACAAAUAUUGUAUUUAUUAUAAUAGAUAUUAUUAAUUAUAAUUAAUAUUAAUGUUGCGGUUUUCACACCACCUUAAUGUCUUGUCUUGUUUAUUUAUUAUUAUUAUUAAUAUUAUUAAUAAUAUAUUUAGUUACUCUUGUCUUCCUCAAAUUGUCCACUGGCAUUUAAGUUGUAUCCCCCGUAGCUUAAAUUUAUAAACUUAAAUUAUAUCCACCACAUUAAUCGAGACUGCAUGUAUAUAAAUCAUGCGUACAUACAUUAUAUACAUGCAUUAAUUUAAUUAAUUAAUUAAUUAAUUAAAGAAGAAUAAUGAAGACGAUAAAUAAUAUACAAGUGAUACAAGAAAAUAAUAGAGUAACUAAUUUUAAAUACACAUGUUGUUUCUUCUUCGUUCAAAACCUAACGCUUUUAUUUUAGGAGAAGGAAGGAGGCCUCUUGUGAUACUGUUAUAAUUAAAAUUACUUUUUUUUAAUACGUGAGGAUUUAUAUAACGUCAUUUUUCAUUUUUUUUAUAUUUUACUUUGCCUCACUAAUAUUGUUUAAAUGAAAAUCAUCAACGCUUCUUUUUUAUGUCUCGCUCUUAGUCAUUUACACUUCUUGCAUUCUCUUACGUUCACUCUUCUCUAAUAUUUAAUAAUGAUGUAUUUUUUAAGCAAACAUUUUA